UAGGUCCCAAACCCCUCUGCAUACAUAGGCUCCCUUUGUUCUAAAAAGAUGCCUUUCUCUUCUUCCUAGCUAAUUAAUAAGUCAACCUUCUCUCUCUUUCCCCCUCACUCCUUAAAAUCCCACCCACAAACUCUUUCCUCUCCACAUGCUCGCCUAUGGCUCUUGAUCAUCACAAAGAUUCUCAUCUGAACACCGGCGAUGCUUGGCGAUGGUAUCCCCGCCGCGGUGUUCCCCUGUUGCGACGGCGGAAGGUGCAGAUGGUGAGGCUGGGCGGGAAAAAGCCAGGGCGACGUCGAGUGCUUUUUGUGCUGAGAAUGUUGAAGAAGAUAAGGCUCAGGUGGUUGAAGUUGCAGUACCGACGGAUGCUCAGAAAUCUGAAAGAAUACUACAGAAAUCUGGUGAAGGACAUGGUGGAAGCCGGCGCCACCAUUGAGGCUUUUCAGCAGAGACUCUUCUUGGAGUCUACUUUUGCUGUUCCUGCUGGCGUCACCUUCUCCGUCUACCCUCACAGCUUCGGAUCAGAUCGCCCUCGAACCAUCUUCAUCUUGUGAUCCAUCUCUCUUUCAUGUUCUGCAUAACGAGGCUGUAAAUAUAUGUAU